UAACCGGCAGAGGAGGCGCGGCGAUGGCGGGCGUGUGGGGGUCUGCCUACGCUGCUGCAGCUGGCCUGUGGGGGGCGCUGGCGGCCUGCGCGGCUAAGCUCGCCCUGGGCGCGGAUUACCUGCGGGGAGGCUGCGCGGCCGUGGUUGGAUCCGCCGCUGGCCCCUGCGACUGGUUACCCAUAAUACUUCAAGCAGGAUGCGGUGGUUUGGUGAUUGCUUGCAAUGCCAUAAUGUGGACCUUCUUUGCCAAAGCCUUAAAGUACUCCUCCUCUUCAGCAGCAGCCACUGUGACCUCAACCGCUUCCAAUUUCAUCUCUUCUGCUUUUCUUGGCAAUUUGCUGUUUGGGGAGACUCAUGCUCUGUUAUGGUGGAUAGGGAUAUCUGUUACGCUCUUUGGCCUUCUGCUGCUCCACACUGCUCCACCUCCAUCAGAAGCACAAAGGCAUCCAAAGGAAAAGAAAACAUAGAAACUUAAACGGUGUUUGUUCUCUGGACUGGACCAGUGGCGCAUCUAGUCUAGCACACAGGACCAGCCUGUUGCCCUGGAGGGUCAACAAAAAAAGAGUAGAGGCCAAGGCCUUCCCCUGGUGUUGCCUCCUAAAGAGGUUAAUUGCCUUUAGAUGUGGAUGUUCCCUUUGAUCUUUUUGGCUAGUAGAUCUCUCUUCCAUGAAUCUAAUUCCCUUUCAAAGCCACCUGUGCUAGCAACCUUCAUUAUAGACACUGGCAAGGAAUUCCACCAUUUACUUACUUGUUGAGUGAAGAAGCACUUCCUCAAAAAAAGCCUCAAAGGGCCUUCUGUUUCUGUCACGAACAGGAAAUCUCACCAGAACAAAACCAAUGCUUUUGGCUUUCUCUGGCAAUGCGUUCUCUAGUUUUGUUUAUGUAGAUGGAUUUACUGCCAAUAUAUGAUGGUAAGUAUCUCAAAGGAUGUGAUUAAAGUCACAGUUAUGUCAAACUCCAGCGCAUCGAACCAUGAAGGAGGAGGGUUAUCGAAAAGGGAUGUUUUCAGCUCUCUGGACUCUUAGGUAUGCUUCAGGGGGUUUGGUAAAUAAGAAGAGUUAACUUAACACUGAACUUGAAGGCAGCUACGACCUGGAACUUUGCAAGACUGACUAGACCAAAUGUUCUUUGACAAUUCGAUGCACUGCCACAUCCUGCUGAAUCUCUUGGCUGGGCUGCUGACUUCAGGUUUUUAACACAAACAACUAAUUCUACACAUUUGAGCUCUUUGUGAUCUACAGGACCUGCAUGUAUUUUGUACUCGGAGUGUGGGUGUUGUUCUUCUGUCGCGGUGUACUGCCUUACACAUUAAAAGAAACGAGCCCUACUUGAAACAUA